AUGCGCGCGACGCAGAGGGAUAUCCAGAGGCAGCAAGGUGUCGACGCGCUGCGGGAUGAGCUGCUGGUCAGAUCUUGUCCGGAGGAUCUGCGCCUGCGCGUGGUGGGCGAGUGCCUCCAGCGGCGCGGAGGCUGGCCCGCCGAGGCAGCAGACCUCGGCGGCGACGACCUCUGGGCGCGCCGCUAUUUGCACAGCGCGAUGGCCCGAAGGUACGCCAGCGCCUCCACUGGCGAGCAGCUCUUGCCGGGCGACGUGGCGCGGUGGCAGCAGCUGCUCGACAGGAUCCCGGAGGCGCAGCGGCCCACCUGGCAGGCGGACCCUCUGCGCCAGCAGUUGCAGGCCUACUACGAGGAGCAUGGCCACCUGAACGUGAGGCCCUCGACCAGGAGGGCCGACGAUCCCGAUCGCCUUCUACUCGAAGCUUUGAAGGUCCUGCGCCGCGCACGGCUGGAGGAUGUCAGGGGCGAGCGCGGCCAUCUGCUGCGCCGGCAGCUCUCGCCCGGGGACAUGGCCGCGUGGGAGACGGCGGUCCCGGCCAACGUGUUGUGGGGCACGGUGCGCCAGGCUGAGGCGUAUAUCCCUGGCAGCGCUAUUCUCGGCAGCCGGUGCGAAUGGCCCAGAGAGCCCGUCUGCUGCCAGCCGUGCCCGUGCUAUCUUUGCGGCCAGGACUUCGCCACGAAGCAGUUGUUGCAGGAGCACUGGCGCGAGGAGCACGUGAACCUGCCCGAGGCCGAGCGGGGCUUGCUGGCGCCGCGGCGAGUGGAGGAAGAGGUCCGAAAGAGAAUCCUUGCGGACGAACAGCUGGAGGGCCCCUUCGAGGUCCGGGGCGCCGAGCAGCGCCGCGCGCUCGGACGCUUCGCCGAGAACCAGACGCAGAGCCGACCGGGGGGUGCGUGGGCCGGGCACUUCGAGAGCCAGCAGACCGCCCCGACCACCUGCCGCGCUCUGAGCGGCUGCGUUGUCUGCGCGCGCUCUUUCUGGCUGGAGGACCUCUUCGACGCGGACUUGUUCGUGGAGCCCGUGGACCCCGAGCUGGCAGCGGGCGCCGGCGAUCCCGCGGCGGACGGCGCCCAGGGGCACGGCGCGGAAGGCGUGCCGGCGGACGCGCCUGCGCGUCACCCCCGGGGGCACCCGGAGCCGCCGCCCGCCGAGGACGCGGCCCCGCCGCGCCGGGCUCGCUUCGCGGUGCGGCCCGAGGCCGCCGCGAAAGUCCACGCGCUCCUCUCCGUGGAGCGCUAUGCCGCGAGGUGGCCGCUGAUCCCGCGGCACGAGCUGUGGGCUUCCAGCGUGUUGCACCCGCGCAGGCCCGAGUGGCGGUGGCUGCUGCACGUUCGCAGGUUGCCCUGCCUUAGCCUCGACGAGCACGGGCGGGCCCCGCUAGUGAAAGUGUGUUUCGAUUGCGGCGAGACCUUGGAGGGCGGGCCGGCAGUGAAAAUGCCAAUGUACGCCCUGGCGAACGACAACUGGAUCGGCCGAGUCCCUUUUCCUCUCCGGCCUGGCGGCGAGCCGUUGCGGGACAUGGAGCUGCGAUCGCUAGCCAGGGGCCGCGUGUGCGUGAACAAGAUCAUCGCCGAGCCCGAGAAGAGAGGCCCUCGAGACGAACGGCAGGGGGGGCUCGUUGGGAACUUUAUCUGUUUCCCGCAGGCGAAGGCGGCGCGCCUGGAGACGUCUCGCAAGGUGGAUCUCCUGCGCAGCGCCGAGCUGCCCGCCCCCCCUCCCGAGGCGCAGCGAUUCCUCGCUGAGUCCGUCGUCAUUGCCCUGGCAGGGGCCGACGUGGACGACCUCAGCAAGGCCCGGUGGGCCAACGUGCGCAAGGGCGAAUACAUGGGGGCCGCCAGCUUCCUGACCUCCCAUUCGGUCUCGUACAACGACAUGACCUGCAACCAGGACAGGGCAGACGCCGUCAUGAGCGACGCCGGCGCCGUCCCCGAGGCCGUGCGAAGCAUUGCAAUCCCCAUUGAGGUCUCCGAGCAGCUGAAGCACCGGCUGGAGGGCCCCGCCGACGCCUGCGCCGGGGCCGACGAGCAAGUCGUCAGGGUGGACGGGGAGGAGUGCGCGUCCGAGCACGAGGCAGAGGAAGAGGAGGGGGAGAACGAUCUCAACGCCGCGCUGCCCGACCCGGACUUCCCCGCCGAGGCGCUCCCGGCGAUGUCUUUCUGCGCCGAUGCCGCGACCGGCGGCGACCUCGACGAGCUCCAGGCGAUCCGCAAGGUGCACGGUGAGCUCGAGGCUCUGCAGGAUUCCAUGCGCGAGGAGGCCUCCGGCAUGGGCUACCCGCGCCGGCGCCUCAUCAAGCAGCUUCAGGUCAGCGCCAGAGGCAUGCUGGAUCGCGGCUUGGCGGACAGGAUCCACCACCACCACAAGACGGUGACGGCCCUGGAGGAGACGGGCCAACGGGCGGCGGCUCCCGGAGGCGCGAUGGAAGGGUAUGCCCAGGGCACUGCUGCACAGCCGCUCUCGAUGUACAGCCCCGAGCUCUGGUCCAUGUGCUUCCCCGACAAGUUCCCGUACGGCGACGGCGUGUUCGGCUUGUCCAGGACUGCGCCCAUGUCGUUCCAUCAGUGCACGUCAAUGCACUUGCUCCGCGAGGAGCUGGUGUACCAGGUCACGCCCGAAGAUUUGGCCGCGGCCGCCGCUUGCAAGGCGUGGGUCGAGACCGCCGCGGACGGGCCCGGCGCGACCGGGCAGUCUCGCCCCUCCGGCGGCUCCUGCGUCUGCCAGCAGUGCAGAGAGGCGUGCCGGCGCUACGUCGCGCCCGAGCAGCCGCGCUGGGGGGCCGACCGCGAUCUCAUCUGCUGCUACUACGACGCCGGGCGCCGCAUCGAGCAGAUCCGCAGGGCCAGGGGCCACGUGCACAGAACGGGCUUCCAGGAGCGCCUGGAGAAGAUCUGCGCGGCCUCCACGGAGAAGCUCGAUGCCGCCGUGCAGAGCCUAGGGCCGAAUGCGUCCCUGAAGGACGCGAUGCGGUCCCCCGCCGUGGACCAGGACGUCAAAGACGCGCUCUCCGAGCUCAUGGUGUUCACCUCAGAAGUUCUCGGCUCGGACGGCGCGCGCGCGAAAUUGCGCCACGAGCAGAACGGCUUCGCCCUCAUGUUCGGCGGCGCCGGUGGCUUUCUGACUCCGAACGUCGCGGACGUGCGGAGCCCCAUCUUGCUUGCCCUGCACGCGGCGGGGGGCUGCGAGACCCGCGCCGUGGACCUCCUCGCGGAAGCCCCGGACAUGCCCUCCGCGCGGAAGAUGCUCCAGAUCGUGGCGCAGGACCCGGUGGCCCAGGCCCGCUUCUUCAUCUUUAGCAUGCAGCUUUUCUGCGAGCACGUGCUGGGCACCGGCCCCUGGGACGGCAGUCUGCGCCACAACGGCCGUUGCGAUGGGGCGGCUUUCCCCGAUGGCUUCGCCACUUCGUGCACGGGCGGAGCCUUCCUCAUGUUGGCGGCGCUGCACGGGCCCAUCGAGGAGCAGGCCCGGCUGUCCAUCCACCCGCACAUCCUCCUGAGGUUCGUGCACGCGCAGUCCGAGCAGUGGCUCCGGUGCGUGCUCAACAGGGAGACCGAGGAGAUCCGGCAGCGGCUCCGCGUGUGGCAGGAGAAGACCUUGGCCGCAGUGCAGUCCAUGCAGCUGGACUCAGCGGCCGUGCUCCCGCUGCUCCUCACCGACGACCCCGACCGGGCGCCCGAGCCCAGGAACACGCCCUUCUCCGAGAAGCUGCAGCGGGAUUGCCGCAUGGAUGGGGAGCUGGAGCACGACGUGGACGAGCCGGAGAAACGGCGCGUCUUCUUGGCCACAGAGCCCCCAUUCGAGGACCACCACCUCCGACGGCAUCGGAUGUCCUUGGCGCCCGAGGCGCGACCCAUGAGCGAAUACAUGGUGCCCCAGACGGGCGCCCAGCUCUGUCGCCUCGAGCACUACAGGCUGCUGCGCCCGACCACGGGCGACGACCUGGAGACCGCGGCGGGCCGGAGCGCGGAGGCGGCGGCCUGGGCCGCGCGCUACGCCGAGGAUUACCGCCAGGACAUCGCCGUGGGCCAGAUGCACCAGCACAAGGACACGUGCUUCAAGUACGUUGUCGAGAAGUCCAUGCGCUUCGCGCGGCACUGCCGCUUCAACUUCUGCCACUUCGUCAAGCUCUGGCUCCGCGUCGGCGACGGCGGGGACUCCUCGGCGCAGCAGAAGCGCUCCAAGAAGCUGGUGACCUUGGCGCGGACCGGCAAAGACCUCGUGCUGCCGCGGGGGCCAGGGGAACCGGAGCCGGAUAUGUUCCCCCUGGACGAGGACGGCGCGCCCGUGCCCCUGCGCCCCGGGCGCAAACUCGGCCCGGUCGUCAACGUCGAUCCCGACCGUGGGAAGCUGGGUCUGGUCAUGCCCAUUCGCUGGAACCCGAUGGAAGGCAGCUCCAACGGCGUGGCCCAGACGGCGCUGAACUGCAACGUGGACUUCCAGAGUAUGAUGCGCACUUUCGUUGACGGAUUUGAUGUCCAGAUGCGGGACAGGCUGCGCGACCCGCCCCUCUCGGCGGACGACGAGGCCUCGCUCGAGGCGGAGGAGGACGAGAAGUUCGAGGCAAGCUUCGCCGCGAACAUGGAGAAGCUUGCGGCCGCCCGCAAGAGGGCCAACAAACCAGAGCUGGAAUAUGAGGAGGCGGAGAUGAGGCUCCGGCAACAGCGAGCCGCUCGCAGGGCGGCGUAUCUGAGGUUGGGCCCGGCCGAGCGCUUCAGGCGCAGUAUCAAAGCACUGACCGUCACCAUUAUGAGGCAGUCCGUUCAGGCCAUGUUCUACGCUUGCGACUACUCCACGAAGCCGAACAUGACCUGCGCGCCGCUCCUGGUCGCGGCCACCGCUGCCAACCAGGCCAUCGUGAAGGGGAACUGCCUCAUGGUCAUGCAGAUGCUCACCCGACGCGAGGUGCUGCGCUCCCACUCCACCUGGCAGUUGAUGAUGAAGAACGCCAUGUGGCUGGCCUUCGAGAGCCGACGAAUUCGGCAGGGGUUCGACGAGCGCGAGCAGCUGCACGAGGCCACGGUGCUCCUCGACGCCGCGGAAGUCGCGGCCGCGGGCGGCGCGCCCACAGACGAUCUCUUCGCGGCGCGCGGGGAGCGCGGCCCUUUCUUGGCCGAGGAGGCCACGGACGAGCCGCAGCAGAGAAACGCGGGGGUCCGCCUGAAGAGCAACAGCUACUACGACGACUACUUGCACCGCGGCUCCGCCGAGUUCGGCGCGUCGGGUCGAGCGGCGAAGACUCCCCUGGCCUCCAUGUCGUAUUACGACUACGGCAUGUGGGUGCGCGUCGUGCCCGGGGACCCGAACGCCCUGGCGCCAGACGAGUACGCUUUCGCCGGUCACUACGGGAAGCAUGCCGACUACGUCCAGCAGCUGCGGGCCGCGCCGGCCGCGCCGUACAUCUCCGGCUUCACGAUGCCGACCGAAGAGAAGGACCCGGAGACGAACGCCUGUUUCAAGCAGGUGUUGUUGAGGCCGCAUGCGUGCCCGGGGCCGGACAGCUGUCGCCAGGUGCACUUCGCCCAGCACUUCUGCUGCGCGUCCCGCAGCAGGGAGGGGGGGCGGGCCAGGGGUCGCGCCCCUCUCUCCUUCCUGGGACCUUGGCGCGCGUAUCGCGCCGAGCAGCUCGUCCUGGCGAAGCGGGCCGACCAGGCCCUGCAGCGCUCGCGGCAAUGCCCCGUGCUGCACGACACAACCGCCAUCCGUUACUGGCAUCUCCCCGGCACCGUGCGCGGGGGCCCGGUCCACGAGAGUUUCCUGCCGUUGCUCUGCGGCGGCCGCCAUGCGACGGAUCCUGGUUUGGACGGCACGUGGUGCCGCCGCCGCGAGAUCCCGACCCCCGUCGCAGGCGCCGAUCUGCAGCGGCCGUCGCGCGGAGCGGUGUGCUGGCGCAUGGCCCUCCCGGUGGACCUCGCCUGGGCCGUGCUGCGCUUCGCGGGCGACGUCCGCGGCGACGACGGGCGGCGCCUGGGGGUCGCCGGCUCGGAGGAGGAGCGCGCUCGGCUCGACGAGCGGGCGGCCCUCGAGGGCGAGUCGAUCGCCUGCGCCUGUCCUGGAGUUCACGACGACCAGCUGACCCCCGAGAUGUUCUUCGCUGUUCGGCACGUGGAGGUGGCCGCCCGCCUGGAGUACAUGGCCGAGGCCCGCGGGCUGCCGAAGCCGGCAAGGGGGCCCAGCGACGCGGUGGCGGAGGAGGAGCUCGGCGGAGAUCGCUCCGACGAUGACGGGGUCUUCGGCCUGGACGAGGCUCUGCCAGGUGAAGAUUCCUCCGCGGAGGAGCGCCAGGAAGUGGCAGACGCGCGAGAGGACAAGGAGGGCAUGAGACCUCGCUGGAGGCUGGCAGAGGACGAGUUCGACGACGUCGUGCACCGGACGGCGGCGGCCCAGGCGGCUAAGAGCAGUCGCGUGGGAGCGCACAAGAAAGCCUUGAUGGAAACGUUCUUGCAGUUGCAACGCCGCGCUUACGCCUGCGUUCGGCAGCCCUGCGCCGUGCCCGAGCGCGCCCCUCGGCUGGCGGCGAUGACUCCUGCUGACGUGCAGACCGCCAAAAAGAACCAGGACGCGAUCCGCGAACAGAGGGCCGCCCAGGACGACAAUCUGGAGGCCGCGGGCGCGGAUCUGCCCGUCGCCGCGGCGGCCUUCUCCGACGCGCCCGCGCCGUCGAGGCGCCUCGGCCCGGAGGAUGUGCCGAUCUCCCCGCUGCAGGCGGCGCUGACCCUCAUCGCCGAGUCUGGGGUCUGGAAGAGCAAGGAGCAGUACCUGGUGACGCUCUUCCUCCUUCAACCGAUACAACAACUGUGGCAGAAGGCCCUUGAGACGGACGGCUUGGACAGCUUGUCCACGGCCGCGGGCCUCGCAGCGGCCUCGAGAGACGUGCAGGUCCGCCGCGUCUUCCUGCACGGCCCGGGGGGCUCGGGGAAGACGUAUUGCAUGACCGAGGUGGUCAACAAGGUGGUCGUGCGUGUCUUCGGGCACAGGGGGCUGAAGCUCGUGGCCGCGGCCAACAGCGCCGCCCGCAUCCUCGGCGGCAAGACCAUGCACGCGGCGGCGAAGCUGACGCGGAAGCAGUCUCUCGCGGCGAGUAAAAUGAAACCCAACACCAGGGCGAAGAAGAAGUUGGAGGCCGAGUGGGAGUACCUUGUGCUCCUCCUCGCCGACGAGAUCGGCCUGGCGUCCCCCCCGCUCCUUGCGGGCCUGAGUCGCCGCGCGACUUUCGGCCGCAAGGACUUGCUGCGGCUGUGCGUGGCGAGGGCCAUCGAAGAGCCCUUCGGCCAGGUCCCCGUGCAGGCCAUCAUGGGCGACUUCAUGCAGAUCAACCCGGUCUGCAUCCACACGCUGCUGGAAGCCCUGCUGGCCCGCGCGCGCGUCCCCGGCGUGCCGCGGAAGAUCACGGACGAGGACGAAGACGGCUGGAAGGUCUUCAGGAAGAUGGCCUCCGACGUGGUCGUCUUCACUGGCACGCACCGCUUUCUCGACGAGGACCUACCGCUGCUCUUCGAGGUCAUGCGCACUCCGGGCGGGGCGAGAGUGCCUGACGACUUGCGCGCGAAGAUCAGAGAUCGCGUCCAGCGGGGCCCCGACGACCCGAGGAUGUCCAUGGACUACGAACUGGAGGGCGUUCGGGGCUUCUUCGCCCUCGGCGCUCGCGCGGCGAUCCAGUGGGAGCAGGUCGCGCGCCUGCAGCAGCUCCACGUGCUCGCCUCCGCGAGGGUCUGCCCUGGCCCCAGGGCCUUGCUCAACGGGGAGGACGGCCGGCCGGAUCUUCGUCGCCACGGCUUCAGCGCGGCGCAUUCGGGGGCGCGCGGGCAGCUCGUCCAUUAUUUCCAGGCCGUGGACCGCUUCAAGCACCACCAGGACCGAGACAUGUACCUCGAGGCGCUGAAGUUCAUGAACCUCUCCAAGAGCAACGGCCUGCCGGGCAUGUGCGCGGCCUACUUGGGCAUGCGAGGGCGGCUCACGAAGAAGGUCAUGGGGCCGGAGCUGGUGCAGGAGGCCACGGGCGAGGUCGUGGGCAUCCGCUUUCACCCGCGGGAGCGAUUCGGCUUCGGGGAGAAUCUCGGCGGCGAUCUCGACCAGGUGGACUACACUGGCCUGGGCAAGCGGGGCGUGUUCCAUCUGGAGCCUGUGCAGGACGAGUGGGAGUUGCCCGUCGCGCGCGUGCAGACGGUGAAUCACCCGGGCGCGCCUCGGGCCAAGCAGUUCGUCGUCAAGAGCAAGCAGAAGAAGGGGCUGCAGGUCGCGCGCACGCAGCUCAGUUGGGCGCCCGAGGACCAGCUCACUUUCCAGAGCAUCCAGGGCCGCACUAUCCGCGGGCCCGAGGGCCAGCCCCAAGGUUUCGUCGUCGACCUCUUUCGGCCUGGCACGAUGCAGGGCGAGGAUCGCCGGGGGGAGUACUUCCAGCACGUCUGGAUGAUCCUUGGAAGAGCCAGGAAGCUGGAGUGGAUGCUGCUGCAGAACUUCCCGCUCGACGAGAGCACCGGCGAUCUGGACUGGUCGAUCCUCGAGCAAGGGCCGCCGGACUACCUCGUCGAGUUCUUGGGCGCGGCUGCGACGCUCAGCAGGAGGACUUCGCGCAGGAUGCUGCGCGCGCAGAAGGAGCUGGGGGCGCCGGCCUGGGAGGACGUGCCGGAGUGCCCGCUGGACCCCGACCGCCAGGGCAGAUUCUUGUAUAUCGCCGAGGACUGGAUCAGGGCGGGCGCCGCCUGCGCCCGGCCCGUCGCAAGCGCCUCGGCCGAGGCGAGGCCCGACGCGGCCCCGCGGAGGAGACUCUGGGGCAAGAGGCCGCGCGAGGACCUGCGCUCGAAGACGGACCGGCCGACCGCGCCGCCCGACGAGCCCGGGGGCGCUCCGCUGCGGCGGAAGCGGUCGCGCGGCGAGGGCGCCGGGGACGAGGGCGAGCGGGCCUGCGCGGUUCCUGGCGCGGCGCCAGCCUCUUCGACGCAGUCGAGUCUGCCGUCGGCGCCCUCGGCCAGCGCCGGCGGCUGGCAUUGUUCCUUGCUCGGCCGCGCCAUCGGCCGACGAAGGAGCGCGCCCGCGUGGUUCAACAAUCCUCUCAUGGGCGAGGUCGAUCCCGCGUCCGGCACCCAGCUGGGCCUCACGUGCGGUUUCUUCGCGGUGAACCAUUGCCUGGGCCACGCGGGCAUGCCGCAGCUGUCGGCCGAGGAGUUCCGGCAGGGCGCGGGAGACGGACUCUACCCCGAGGGGGAUUUCGACGACGGGGGGUUGCGUCAGAACCUCGCAGAGCGCGGGUGCCAUUUCGAUUUGUUGCAGGGCGCGGACCACCAGGACGCCAUCCUCGCCGUGGGGGACUCCGACAGCUGUCUGGCUGUCUUCAACGGCAACCACGCCUUGGGUGUCAUCCUGCACCAGCCAUGCCCUCGACAUUGGAUCGCGCUCGUUCGACCUCCAGAGGCCGUUCGAGACGGCGACGCCGCCUGGCUUUGCGACUCCUUGCACUCGGCGGUCUUCGCCCUUGAAGCCAGCGAGGUGCAGGACCUCCUCGGCCACGUUGGCUCGGCGCAGAUGGGCGCCGCGGACAGGGCCGGGAGCGAGCUCGACCGGAUGAGGGAGAUCUCCGACUGGUGUGCCUACAGAGUCCACCGCUGA